CUUGCUGAUGAUUAAAUUAAUUCUCUGCUGCACUCCUGAAAUGGGUGGUGAUCUGGCUUACCUUGUUUUCUUAUUGGAAAUAUCUGCUUAAAUAUUCUCUUACAGUGGUCUACUAUGACUUGAACUCAAGUUAUUCUCAUUUCCAGGAACUAGGACCACGAGGCAAUGAUGUUUAGAAUCUCUUAUAUUAUUACCAUAUUAUCUUGCUACUAAUGUUUUGACUUGGCUUCAUUAAUGUCUUCAUGGUAACCUCUCCCUACUACUUGGUUACUGUUUCCCUCCAUGAAUACAAUGGCUGAAACUAUUUCCAUUUUUAUUUGGAAACUGUAACCAAAGAUGGUUGGCUCAUCAUCCUGGGUUACUAGAUGGUUAUGACGACAGCAAGUAUAAACUUGUGGAGCGUUGUCGGUGUUGCAGGCCGUGGAUGGCUUGGAUAGGAAGAGUGAGAUUCGAUCGUGAAAUACAGAGCAGGAACCCAAAGGAAUGAGCAGAGCCGUCUCCAAAAAAGAACAAGAAAAAAAUUAAGAAUCUUGCCACUGGGCAUGUAAGGAUUCUUCCCAAAAUACUUGUUAGACAUGGAAUUACUAAUGUGAUGCACUGAUUUUAUUAGUUAUCCAAUCCUUCUAUUUUUUGGCUGAAUAAAAAUGUUACAGAAGCAAUUCAGAAAGUUGCUGCUGCUUGUCAUGCAAAAUUUGUGUAAGCAGUUCUUAGCCCUCAGCUGAAACAAUUCGUCACUUAUUAAAGGGAACCUACUGUUUCCAAUGCUGGUAAAAAGGUGAAUGGUAUCUUAAUUGAAGAAAAUGGAGCGUCUUGAGUUGGUAUUAUCACCAGUCCUCGUGAAGGAAAGGUGAUCAGAAUUCAUGUUAUUUGCACGAUGCUCUCUUCUUGAACAUUUUCUUACACCUCCGUUGAAUACUCAAUUCACAGCCUAAGAAAACAGACCACCAUUUAUAAGGGAGCUGUAGACAGGAAUUACCACUUGAAGCUGAAAGCAUCAUUUUUCAGUGAGAUGAAGUUUUCAGUCAUGCCCUGCACUGCUAGAUUUGCUAAUUCGCAUUGACUUCUGACACACUCUACUGACAGAAAUUGUGAAUUGUGCCAGGGCAUUGGAAGAUAAGCAUGCGUGCUGAGCCAUAGCGGAAUACAUGAGUCAUGAGGUGCUGCAGUUGUACCCUGUUCAAUUAGGUGCAGUAUCUUGUCUAUGUGCAUCUUGCCCGUAUGAUACAGCCAUGAGAUUUUAUCCAUUCGUCUCUGUUUGCCACAAAAGCAUUUUUUUGCCUGCUCGUAUGACUAGUAGCUACUGAGUUGCUAAUGUGCAAUACUGCAAUGUCAUGGUACUGCACAUUCUAUGUGCGCCAAAUAUAUAUGGCAUGUAUGAGUUUUUGUCAAAUUUCUAGAGAGUAGAUUGUCAUGAAUUUGGAACUUGGAGUUGGUUGUUAGCUUCAGUUUCUUGAUACAACUAACAUUACUACAUCCCUGCCUGCAAGUAGCUAUUAGUUGGUAAACUCAUCUAUGCGCAAUUAUGUCUUCUGGAGCAAUAUACUUUUCAAAUAUUUCGCUGUGAUGCCCCAUUUUGGUUAUGGGUAACUUUCCUUUGGUAGGAUUGAUGAUUUCCUGUGAUUCAUGUCAUUGUUUUUCAACGAUAGUCGUUUCAGUGGGUAGUAUCUGAAUUAGACUGGCACACUGAUUCACAAGUUUGCUUAAUCAUGUUUCACUGUUGUAGCUUUCCCCUUUAAAUUAAUUUUAUGUGAAUUAUCUGUUGUUCAGACUUCAAAGGGCAGUCUGUCAUUCUGGCAAUUGCUAUUGAAUGUUAGCUUGUGUAUUUUGAGCUGGGUUCCCAGCGUAUAUAUUAUUCUUUGCGUGUAAACAAAAGUCAGCCAGUAUUUCUUGCUCAUUGUUUUAUAUUUUGUAAGAAUAUGAUUUCGUCGCAGAAAAAACUUCUGUUUUCGCUGAAGGAGAAUUGGUGUAACUCCAUCUUACAAAUUUGUACUACAUAUUUUGCUCAAUCUUCCACUCAUCAUUUCAUCAAACUCCGGAAGAUUCAACUAAAUUUGAUUCCAGUGCUUAGUAUGUGGCCUUCGUCAGGCCAUGCAACCAUAAAGAAGGUUCCUCCUUCCGACAAGGAAUGGCACAUCUCCAUCUAUAACCAAAAGAAAUUUACAGCAAAUGAUGUGCUCUCUCGAACCACAGAUAGUAGGGUGUACCUGUUAAUUUUACAAGUACGUGUGUCCUUGCCAUAAACAUAUCUGAGCAUUUUAAAUUUAAGGAGACAAAGGCAAUUGGCAAAGGAAUCUUAGUAACUUUUGUUGGAUGGUAGCAAAACUAUGUCGGAGCUUACGAGAAGUAAGUGCCGUUAAUGGCAGAUUUGCGCAAUGAUGAAAACGAUGAUCUCCUUAAUCAUGUAGGGCUAAGUUUCCUUAGCUGGUCAAAAGACGAAUUGAUGGAUGGAGCAGAACGGGAUCAAACUUGAAUAUAUAUACAAAAUUAAAGGUUGCUCCUCUGGUCCAACCAAGAGAUUCCCUGAUUGAACCGUACAAUUAUUUCCCCAUUUUCUCUCUAAAAGCUGGGAAUCGAAAUUUUCUGAAUGAUGUAAAAUUUAAGUGAGUAUGUUCUGUCAAAUUACUUGUACGGUUGAUAAGACACUGAAAAUUGCCACUAGCUAGUCAUUUGCAGUAUCUUCAUAGAGAUAUUUUUUAUUGGUUCUUGGAGCAUAAAUAAAUCAUGAAACAGAAGUUCUGUUUUAUGAGAGUUGACUCCUGACCAGCUGACCAAUUCAUUUUGCAGUUCCCUUCUGUUUUUCCUUCAUAAAACGUCAUCUGCAAGUUUACUCUUUAUAUACUGGUAUAAACAUAUUUCUGGUGCAGACAUACCCCUUUCUCCCUCUAUAUAUACCGGUGUAGUUCAGGCUCUCCCAUCUCACAUUAACUCCAAGAAGCAUAAGCAGAGACUCUAAGCCACAGCUAGUCCCACACUGAGCUAAAAUACGCAGCCCUCUCACUCUAAACUCAGCAUUGUCAGAUGGCUGGUUCAAAGGCUUUGUGCAUUUGCAUUCUCAUCUUCAUCGUCAUCUCGAGCCAGCAGGCGGAGGCGAGGCGGCUAACGAAGGUGGCGGCCACGAGCAAGAGCGAGCUAGGCGCGUUGAAAGAUGAUGGGCAAAGCUUCAAAGCAAGGGCAGGGCAAGACGGCAAAGCCAUGCCGAUGGCGACCACGGUCGACUCCAGGUCGACGUCCCCUGGGAACAGCCCCGGCAUAGGCAACAAAGGGAAGACCACCAACAAUUAGUAUAGCAGUAUUUUGGUCCAAAAGCUCUACUUGGUAAUUCUGAAUUUAUCGCUAGUUUUCCCAUUCGACGCUCUUGGAUUAAGUUCGUUUGUUGCGCGUACAUUUUUCAGUUUCAUUUGGGAAGUGUUUACCCAUGCAUGUACUACCUUCUGUAGAUUUAUUAAGAUGAAAUAAAUUUGCGAGGAAUUGCAGCCCCUAUAA